AUGAGCUACAAUCAUCUUUUCAAGAUUGUUGUGGUUGGAGAUCACAAUUGCGGGAAAUCAUGCAUAUUGCUGCGAUUCGCUGAGAACAGUUUUCGCAUGGAUCAUAUCAGUACAUUAGGAGUCGAUUUUAAAUUGAAAACUAUCAAGUUGGGACGGGAUAAGAUCCGAUUAGAACUAUGGGAUACCGCUGGAAUGGAACGGUAUAGGACUAUAUACAAUUCUUACUAUCACUCAGCGCACGGAGUGAUGUGUGUCUACGAUAUGACAAAUGAAAAAUCGUUCGAAAAUCUGGAGAAAUAUUGGCUGAAAGAGAUCAAACAACACGCUCCACCAAAUGCCGUAUUGAUGUUAGUUGGCAACAAGGCAGAUAUGGAUCAGGAACGGAAGGUUGACUUCGAUCGCGCUGAGAAGCUGGCUUCCCGACUAGGAGUCUCACUGUAUGAAGUGUCUGCAAAAACUGGGAUAAACUGCGAAGAAGCAUUUCACACUUUGACAGCUGCAAUGAGAGAACGAAUAACGGCUGGCAGUAUGCAUUCGGAUGAGUCGGAUGACAACGAGGAGUUUUCAUCGGCCUUCCACGUUGACGGAGUCAUCAAAAGCGAUAAAGGGAAGUUCACAUCAUGCUGUGCAAGUGCUCCGGAACCCGCCUUUGUCUGAUUUAAACCUUGACUUAAACAUAUCAUUCAUUUAGUCAUUCAUCACAAUCUCGAUAAAACACUUCGAUCAUUUGAUAAUCUUUUUUUUUAAACGUGCUUUAAUUAUUUUUAAGUGUGCUUGUCAAAACCAUUUCAAGGUGCUCUGCCGUUAUGUGGUGCAAUUAAAAAACCCCCUUAACAUUUGUAUGCUUCUUACUUGUUAGCACAAUAUUUUUUCCCUCAUCAUCUUUUUUUACAUUGGUCAUUUGCACUUUCAUGACGUCAUUGGAACGUCACUAUGUUUUAUCUUGAAUUCUCCAAUUUCGGGUAUUAAGUUUAAAUUUACUAUUAUGAUUGAUAAAUUGUAAUUUUCAAAU